AUGCCAUUCUCUUUCCGCAAAAAGAGGAAAGCAGAUGCUACUUCAUCAACUGCCGAAAUUGAACAAAUAAUAACAAUUGACACACAACAACAAACAAACAAUGAAAACGCCCAACCCAAUUCCUCUCCAUUACUAAUGAUGAGAGGUGAACCAAAGAAGAAAACACUUUCAAAAUCUUCUUCCCAUUCGUUUAUUUCUUGGUUGACCCCUAGAAAGAAGACACAAUCAUCACAAUCUAUUUCGAAUAAUAAUAACAACACUUCCCUAACUAGUAUUGAAGAUAAUGCAUCAACAAUUCAACAAACGCCAAAGACUCCUUCUACAAAAUCACCAAGAAAUUCGAAACUCGUCACAUCACAAUCAACAAGUUAUAUUAUGGAUCAUGUAGAGAGACAAAAAUCAUCAAACUUCUCUUCAUCAAUGCUUCCUUUGACGCCACUCAACAACAAUAAUUACGAUAGUCAACGAAGUAAAAUUAGAGUAGUAAAAUCAGAGAAAACACCAAGAACAUGUUCAUCUCCAACCAGUGACGAUGAAUAUCAUUUAGGAAUUAAACAUUCCUUCACCAUGUCUGUUAUUUCUGAUGAAAAGUCACCACGAUUUAUUCUUUCAACACCCGAUAAUAAUGCACAAGAGCUAGUAUUUGGUAGUGCUGUUGAGAAUAUAAUUUCAGAUUAUGAUUCGGAUGGUUUUUGUUUCUCUCCCCUUGUGGACGAAACUAGUCCAUUCCAGGAGACUGCCAACAAGACUGCUUCGACAUCCAUCUUAUCAGAUGACCAGGCAGAAAAGGAAGUGGAUGAGUAUGAAAUUUUUGAAGAGUGGGCUAAACGAUUUGAUACCACAGAGCCAUCAUCUCUCUCUACAACUCAAUUAUCGACAAAGAAGAAGAGUGCCUCUUCCAGCUUUUCCAAACUCUUCAAUGCAGUCUCACACUUGGAUCCAUUCAUUCAUAUUCACCAUACUACACCUUCACGGGGGAAUAAGGUAAAAUCACUCUCUCCAAAGAGUGCUACUACCAAUGAUUUAUUCAAUGAUACAGAGACAGGAGGAGCUCUAAUAAUUAAUGAUGAACCAGCUCCAGAUAGGGGAAGAUUUAGUAGAAGUUUUAAAAAUUUAAUGAUGGGAAAGAAAUCUCCAGUGAAUGGAGCUCUUUCUUCGUUGAGCCCUCGUCACGACAAGUCUCCUCCUCCUCAUACAGUUGUACAACACAGUCGUUUGCUUGUUAUACUUCCAGAUGAAAUCAAGAGUCUCAUAUUUGAGUUUGCAGAAUUUAAAGAUAUUCUCUCAAUAAGGAGUGUCUGUAAAGAAUUGAAUGCCAUCACAGACGAUGACAGAUUUUGGCAAAGAGUAUGCUUUGAGUUGUCACUCGAUUUUUCACAAGUAACCUACAAGCAUUUGAAAUCUCUAUUCAUUGAGAAUCAACUUCAUGUUACUUUGGCUGGUGAUGAAGGAGUGGGAAAAUCUCUCCUCAUUCGUAGGUUAAGUAAUAAUCCUGCCUCUAUCUUGGAAAGUAAAGGAGGAAGAAAGCAACUGUACGACUCAAUGUAUAUGCAAGAUGAGGAACCUUACUAUAUUUACUUUAAGGAGAACAAUAAGUUUGACAAGUCACACAAAAAGAGCUCACGUAGGGAGGAUGUGUACUUUGUCUGCUUUUCAAUUUUGGAUAAGAAAUCUCUAAGCAGAACUAAGAAGUGGAUUAAGGCUAUUCGUGCAAAAGACAUAACUAAACCCAUUAUACUGGUUGGUCUAAAGGUAGAUCUCAGAGACGAGGAAGGAUCCGAUCAAUUCAAACUCAUCAAGACUGAACAAGGCGAACAAUUCAAGAAUCGAUUCAAACUCUUCUCCUACAGAGAGGUGAGUAACAAGACAAGAACUGGUCUUGAAGAGCUCAUGCGUGAUGCCAUCAAUGCCAAACGUAUUCAAACAGAAAAGUUUUACAAUUAUGACAAGACACUAGGAACAGAAGCAGAAAUGGAAGACAUAUCUGAAGAUGUUUUCAAUUAUAGCGAUGAGGACGACAUGGAUUUAGAUGGUUUUAAUAGUGCACUCCCCACCAAUACAGCGACAACAUCCAUAAGUAAGACAGCUACACUCUCCAAACGACUCUCACAAAUGAAAAUCAACUUUGUUCUCGAUUAAUGAGGAAAGGAAGAAUCGCGUCAGAAAUGAGUCGUACUCUUCAUACACUUUAUUUUCCCACCAUGCAAAUUCCCACAAGAUAGAGUUUCAUAUUCCAUCGUGCACUAGAACAACCUCAACCGCCUUAACAUCUCGUUUGAAUCAACCCUCAAAAAAAAUACCUCAAUUGGCUCUCGGAUUGAGUAUACACAUACAGUGAAUAGCAACACUAACGAACACCAAUAAGGUGAAAAUCAAAAGCAACAGUAAGAAAUGGGAUUGAAUCCAUCCAAGAUUUCUAAACACAACCGAGCAGAAUUCGAAUUCAACUAUAAACCAAGAUUAAAUUCUGGAAGUGUUUCUAAGAAACAUUCAAUUCC